CAAGGACCGUGCACAGAUGUGGUUGUAUAUAGUUGUUCCCUCAUUUUUUUUUUUCAUAAAUCUGUGGACAGUCGUGGAUGUGUACAGUUGUACUUUUCACUAGUCUGAGCACAGUCGGGGAUAUGUAGUCGUGGACGAAUGAACGUAGCCGCCCACAGCGGUUCCAGCGUAAUGUGAAACCCGAAGAACACACUCUGAGCCAGUCAGGCCAUAUGCACGGAGAGAUAAAUGUUGGAAAACGAGUUGUAAUGGAAGCUGCACGCUGACCAGUGUGAAUAUGAGAGGGAAUACUCGCCGAGUGCGUGGAGCAAGAGAUAUGGAAAUAUGGAAGUUCAGUCUAAAUUCCUGCAGCUAGCUCACAAGGUGACUAGCGAAAUGCGGAAGAAAAUUCCUUGUCAACUGGACAUUCCAUAUGGAUCGAGUGAUCGGAUGAAAUAUGAUAUUUAUGGAACGGAUUUACCAAACGACACAAUUUCAGGUACCCCAGUAUUUGUCUUCAUCCACGGGGGAUAUUGGCAGGAAUGUAGUAAAGAAUUUGCCGGAUUUGGAAUAUCUGCUCUCGUUGCGGAAGGAAUAAAAGUUAUUAAUGUUGGAUAUGAUCUCUGUCCAACAGUGAAGUUAUCCGACGUUGUCACGCAAAUAAAAAUCGUCACCGAGGAAAUUCUAAAGCUCUGUAAAAAAAAUGGAGCUAAAUGCGUUUGGCUCGGUGGACACAGUGCAGGAGCCCAUCUAGCUGCGAGUCUUCUUCAUGAUUUGGAAUGGAGAACUCUGAUGACAGAACGGAAUUUAUUCCAAUCGCUAAAAGGUCUUGUUCUCAUUGGUGGCAUUUACACUCUCCGACCACUCCUGAAAACCAGUUACAAUGGUCCUCUCCAACUAACCGAGGAUGAAAUUCAAAAAUUCAGUUUCAACGACGUGGAUACCAGGAAAUUACCACCUGUGGAGGGAAUUAAAGUUAUUGUGGCUGUUGGUGAAUGCGAUGCUCCGAAAUUCAUAGAGGAAUCACGACACUACACUCAGCAACUCUUGAAUUUCGUGGAUAGAGUGGAAUACAUAUUAUUGAGGAACAACAUCGAUCAUUUUGACAUCGUCGAGAAUCUACCAGACCCUCGCUUCCUUCUCACCAAGUCAAUAAUAGACAAUAUCAAACAAUAAACGUGAUCAAAUUAUAAAGGCAUAUCACUUGAAAGCAUCAUAUGAAAUUUUUCUUUAAUGUCCUAUUCAUCGAUAAUUUAAUUAUAUGUGACGAUAAAAUAUAAGAAAAUAAUAUA